CAGACGAAUCGACGAAUUGUGUACAACGCGGUCUCUAGAUUGUGUUAUCUGAAUCAGACGAAUUCGAGCCUCGGGAUCAUCGCAUCGAUGUCGUCCUCGGCAGAAGAUGCCACUGAAGCCGGCGGGAAACAGCCGCGCUUCGAGCGAGAUCGCCACGUGUCGUACUUCGUUAAUUGCCUCAACGGUCUUCCCGCCGCGUACGAGUCGCAGGAGAGCAACCGGCUCACGCUAGCUUACUUCUGCGUCGUGGCUCUAGACCUUUUACAAGCUCUCGACCAGGUCGACCGCCAGAAGAUUCUCAACUGGGUGCAUUCACUCAAGGUCCUGGACCCUGGAUUCACCCAUGCAAAGGCUGGUAACCAUGUAACAGAUCCUGUCGCCACCACCAUUCCCCCUCCACUCGCUCAAGUUGCCACAUCCAUGUCAACCCUUUCUGUGGAAGCUGGUGCUGACGUGUCAUCCCUUUCCCUGCAAGUGGGUGCUGACGUGGCUCCAAGCAGCAGCGAGGCACGGGAAACAGCAGGGUGCAGCAUUGGCAGCGAGGGCGCCUUGUGCCUGGGAGCAGAAGUGCUAGGGUUUCGAGGAUCGCCUUCUAUUGGAGUGAAGAGCAGCACUCAGGGGGCGCCCAAGCAGUCCCCCUACGACUGCAGCCACAUCGCGAUGACAUACACCGCCCUCGCCAUCCUCGCGACCCUGGGGAUUCCUGGUGGAACUCGGGGAGGAAAGGAGGGUGCUGUUACGAGAGGGGGAGAUGAAGCAGCGGAUUUGAGUCGUGAGGGGGCCGUUUCUGAGAAUUCUCAAAAACACCCUGCAAAAUCAGGGACACGGGGAGGAAAGGAGGAUGCCGUUACAAGAGAGCGAUAUGAAGCAGCGGAUUUGAGUCGAGAAGGGGCCGUUCCAGAAGGCGAGGGACGAGACGAGGAAUGGAAAGCAGCAACGGAACAGAUGGAACAAGCGAGAAGGGAAGGCGCGGAUGGAGCAAGCAGGAAGGGGGUUGAUAGGGGGAGUGGAAGGGAGGGAGGUGCAGAUGCAUCAGGGGCAGGGGAGUUGCCAGGCAUGGCUAGGUCUCUGAGAGAGCUGCAGUUACAAGAUGGGAGUUUCAUGCCCGUCGUGUGUGGCAGCGAGUCCGACAUGCGAUUCGUAUUCUGCGCUGCGGCUAUUUCUAGCAUGAUCGGGGAUUGGCGGGGAGUGGACGUUGCUCGUGCUGUCAGCUACAUCCAGAGGUCACAAUCAUUUGAUGGGGGAUUCGGCCUCGGCCCCGGUUUUGAAUCACACGGAGGAGCGACCUACUGUGCUGUGGCAGCGUUGCAACUCAUUUCCUCCUCGCCAUUGGUAGCAGCAGCAGCAGGAGCAGCGUCGUUGUCGUCGUCAUUAUUGCCAACGUCACCAUCACCAUCAUCAUCAGCACCGGCACUGGGGUCGUCACAGCUAUCACAGUUUCCACUGCUGCUGUCGCUGCUGCAAUCGCUGCCAACACCAACAGCAGGCUCGCAUGAUGAGCCGGCGGCGGCAGAGGCUCAGGAAGAGCCAGCAGCAGCAGCAGACGUGCAAACAUGCAUCUCCCAUUUCCCGUCGACCAAUUUGCUUCCACUAAUUGACUGGUGCCUUCAGAGGCAGGGAGUGGACGGGGGGUUUCAGGGGCGGCGCAACAAGCCAGCUGACACGUGCUAUGCCUUCUGGGUGGGCGGCACACUGAGCAUGCUUGGCGCAGACCAACUCAUUGACUUCGUUGCUCUCCGCAGCUUCCUCUUCACCUGCCAGAACACGAGGUACGGCGGCUUCAGCAAGCACCCCGGGGGGUUCCCUGACAUUCUUCACUCCUUCUAUGGCGUCUGUGGGUUCUGCCUCGCUGGGGAGCCCGGCCUGCUUCCGCUGCACGUCCCCCUGGGCAUCUCCAAGCGCGCAGCUGAGUGCUUUGGAGGUAGCAGUUGCCUGUAGUACGGUGCUGGUCAUGCUGCUGGUCAUGCUGCUGGUCAUGCUGCUGGUCAUGCUGCUGGUCAUGCUGCUGGUCAUGCUGCUGGUCAUGCUGCUGGUCAUGCUGCUGGUCAUGCUGCUGGUCAUGCUGCUGGUCAUGCUGCUGGUCAUGCUGCUGCUCAUGCUGCUGGUCAUGCUGCUGCUCAUGCUGCUGCUCAUGCUGCUGGUCAUGC